AAAUACAUGUGUACAAAGGUUUCUCUGAUAUGAUUUGACAGUCCCACAGGCACUUCAGUGCUCCUUCCAUAUCUACAUCAACACUUAUACCAUGACCUAGUCCUAAUCAAGUUCAGCAGAUUUUAGAUGUAUUAAUUAUUGCAACUAGAUCAUAUAUACAUACACAUGGUGCAUUCAAGUGUGCUACCUCACUCACAGACAAAAUAAACUGCAGCGACAACACUUAAACAAGAAGCUGCACUUGGCCAUGACAGCAGAUUUAAAAAUACAUUUCAUGACAUCUUGUAGUGGUUUUGCAUUCGUGUUUUUAUAAUUAUCUAGAUCAUUUAUGUGUAUUGUACAUGGCAGCAUAUGUUCCCUACUUUUUAUACAUGACCUUAAGGGUUUCAAGUAUGAAUGCUUAUCCAAAUGUGUCUGUAGUGAAGAUUUUUCACGUUAUGUGUAUGCAUGUGAUGUGUUUUGUAGCUGGAGGUGAGGUGAAUGGGUUUUGCCAAAGUGUGCACAUAUCCUGGAAUUCAAACGUGCAUGUUAUGCAGUCUCUCUAUGGGGAUUUCUCUGCUUGGAUGUCAGGUGUGAUGCCUUUAUUGACUGGUUCUAUACUAAUCCUCCUCCUGUAAACUUCCUACUCCUACACUUACCCCAACAUUCUGCUGCUUAAAACAUGACAGAAUUGGAAAAUGAUAAGUUAGUUGUCUUUGUCAUGGUACAGUAUUUAUAUAAGCACUUCCUCAAAGCAUUUGUUUUGACAUAAAGUAUAAAAUGGUUGCACAAAAGGUUAGCAGGUUAAUCCACUGUCACAAUAGUGGGCUGUUACAUACUACAUUGUGUCAUUUCCAGUGCCCAACAGCACUUUGUGUUCAGGAAAUGCUGUCAGUCUAGAGAGCUGAGCUCAAUGUUGCAGACUAAUUUCAUGUCUCUCAAGCUCAUUAUUUACACUCAGUGUAAAGGAACUUGUGAGUUAUUUGAUUUCCAUGCACACUAACAUCCCAGAAUAAGAAGAUUAUAUUUAAUGUAUGUGUGCCUUGCGGUGUGUCUUGAGGUUAUAUUAAAGGUACUUUAGUUUAAUUAAUGUGUUGCGGUUACAGCACCAUUAGUACAUUUGGUCAAUAUGCCAUCUUUAUCUGAGCGCAAUGGGGAGCACGUGGAUCUUACCUGUGUCUGUUAAGCAGAUAGCGGAUGCCUGAUGCUUAAACAGUGAGCGAGCAGAGGAGAAGGGGGAAUGUUGAGGGUGGGAAGGAGUAGAGGAGCAACAGGUGGAAGGAGGGAGAUGAGGAAGGGAGAGGUGGGAUGGGUGGAGUGAGGGAUGUAUUUAAGACGAUGCUCUCCUCAUCUUUCUCAUCAGUCGACAUUGCCUUCUCUUUCUGCACCUGACGAGCAGCCCAGCACUAGUCCUCUACUCAGAAUGUCUUUUCCAAACUCAGAGAACGCCUCCACCCUAGAGAGCGCCAUGCAGCUCAUGAUCCAAACUUUCCAUAAGUACUCUGGAAAUGAGGGGGACAAAUAUACACUGAGCAAGGCUGAGCUCAAAGAAAUGCUUACCACAGAGCUCGGCAACUACCUGGGGAAUGUCCAGGACAAGGAGGCGGUGGAAAAGGUUAUGGCAGACCUGGAUUCCAACAACGACGGGGAGGUAGAUUUCACAGAGUUCAUCAUAUUGGUUGGAGCUCUUACUGUAGCCUGUAAUGACUUCUUCCAGGACUACAAUGAAAAGCAAGAGAAAAAGCAACAGAAGAACAAAUGAAUCCACCCUCAGCACAAAGACGCCCGCUCUGCAAACGCACAAGCUCCAGGGAGGAAAAAGCUUAGACAGGAGAGAAGGAUAUCCUGUAAUGGACUUGUGUGCACAAAUACACACAUACACACACACACACACAUGCAUAUACAUAUAUAUACAAGUCUAAUAGUCAAAUGUUGGGUGUGUAUUUGUCUACAAUUGCCCCAUCAAUCCACUGCAAAUUGUUUUACUACAAAGUGAAAUCUGGAGAAUUUAAGUCACUUUCAACAUUGUUGAAUAUGUGAAUACAGCCACUUUAUUUCUCUGUUCAUGUAUUUUGUAACACAUUCAAGCAAACCUAUUUCCACCGGAAAGAAUAAAUGUGAUCUUUAUUCAAACAUUACAAUGUCGGUUGUACUUCAAUACAGGAGAGAAGAAGAGCAGGGACACAUGAUGGACACCAGGUGGCAGCAAGUGGCUCUCGACUGUAGCUUUGUGAAAAGAUUAGUGCAUUACCUUUACUUCAUGGGCUUCAUGUGGAUUUAAAAUCGAUCACUGGCCAAUCACAGGGAAGAUAUAAAUAUUUAUGAAGUAUACAGGAGGUUGUAAUUAACUGUUGAACAUUAUUCUGUCUAAAAAGCCCACAUGAUUAUAUGAACAUGUAUGGACUGCAACUACAUUCCUGUUUUUACAGCAGAAUAGUGAGACCUUGGCAGGGCCCUACACCCACGAUUGUUUAAAAGCCCUGCUUCCUAAAAGAAAAAAAACAUUGUGUU